AUGGCGUUGAAAGCGGAGGCGGUGGAGAAGGAGAGAGAGCCAGCGACGGAUAAACAGAGGACGAGGAAGAACAUUUACAGAGGGAUACGUAAGCGUCCAUGGGGAAAAUGGGCUUCAGAGAUACGAGAUCCAAGAAAAGGCACCAGAGUCUGGCUCGGUACCUUCAACACGGCUGAGGAAGCCGCCAUGGCUUAUGACGUAGCGGCUAAGCGUAUCCGCGGCGAUAAAGCCAAGCUCAACUUCCCUGAUAUUAUUCCUCCUCCGCUGACACCACCUCCAGUAUCAGACGAUCAGCCUCCGGCGAAGAGGCUUUGUGUACUCUCUCAGGGCGAGUUAACUCAGCCGAGUUUCCCGGUGGAGUGCACUGGGUACAGGUUUGAGCCUGAUUACGAUCUUAAGCAGCAGAUAUCGAGCUUGGAGUCUUUCCUUGAGCUGGACGGUAUAACGUCGGAGCUACCGAAUCAGCUCGACGAGUCAGUGGAUAUGUGGAUGGUUGAUGAUGUUAUCUCUUCGUAUGCCUAA